UUUGGAUGCAUUUCAGCUGUAGUCGCACCACCUGCUAUGGCUCCGAAGUCCAGCAGAAAGGGGAAGGGCUUCCAAAAGCUGCCCUUCAACGAUGAUGCGAUUCAGAAACACUUGGACAAAGACAGCUUUCCUUGCGAAAGUCAGGAGGAUGGUGUGGAGACAAGGUCUGCUGAGGAGUCUCACGAGGAGACGCCAGAGAGUGUGAUUUCCCCAACUGAAUGCCCUGAGCAGCCCUUCACACCUGACGCCUCAGACGGCGGGGAUCCAAGUAGGAGGAUCCAGGGUGCAGCUGCCACUCUCGGUGGCGCCACUGGAAUGCUUUUGGCUGGCCCAGUCUCUGGUGCUGUGCUGGGGGCAGCUGCCUUGUAUGCAUCCACUCGGGAGGACUUGUCUGGAGCCGUGGCAAGGAAAGCUGGCUCACUCUACCUGAAGGUUGCAGAUCGAGCUUGUGAUGAAGGAGUGCGAGUCAUGGACAAAGGCGUUGAGAAAGCUGGCGCUGUCUUGGACAAAGGUUGCAGGAGGCUGUCGCAGUCGCAAUCUGUCCCUGCUCCCAUACGGGCUGGCAUUCAACAGCUCACCGGUCACAGUGGCUACAAUGCAACUUCUGGUGUUGGGCCUGAAGAAGCUAAGAGGAUUCGUGAGAAGCAUCCUGAUCGGAUUCCCAUCCUAUGCGAACGAUCUGCGUACUCUCAGCUUCCUCAACUGGUAAAGAACAAAUUUGCAGUGCCCGGGGAGAUGAGCGCUGGCGAGUUCAAGUAUUUGGUGCAGAAAGAAUUGAAGAAGGCAGCGCCUGAAGAAGCUGCAGGACGCUCGCCAGAGCAGACGAUCUACAUCUUCGUGAAUGGUGUUGCUCCGAGAUGUACUGCUCGAAUGGCGGAGCUGUACGAGCAGCAUUGCCGAGAAGACGGGUUCUUGUGGGUCAAAUAUAGUGCCGAGCAGACUUUGGGUUACCACAUGUUGGACCCAUGGCUGUCAAAUCCAUCCAGGGCGGCCAUGGGUUGGCCUGCCAACUGGCAAGCCUGAUAGUAUCUUCCAUCCAAUUGCGCAUGUAUUUUGGUGCUUGAGGUUGAGGCGCAGAGGAUUUUGGGGGCAAAUCCUUUAAUUCAAAGGAAGCCGCUCAACUGGCUUCCCUGCGACUGUCCUCGCACCCCCCUGCAAGCACAUCAUCAAAUGAUGAAAUGUACGAAGGUG